AUGGCCAUUGACCCUUUCAAUGCUCGUCAUGCUGCUUUUUCUUCACUGGGGUGUAGUGUAAUGUUAUGUGCCGACAUUAACCUCAACAAUGCGCCCUCAAACUCCUGUCGGUCGGUUACUUUAUGUGACGAUCAAGUAAAGUCAGCGUCCAGUAUUCAAAGCAUAUGUUUCCACAAAGCCUAUCGCAGCCUUUUAUUUGCCGCUAGCCACGGACAGGUACACUGCUUGCACACGGAGUUGUUUGCAAUACUUUUUACCACUAAUAUGGAACCAAAUCUCAUAUCGUUGUUGUGCUGCAGCUCUCGCGACGCACUUUUCUCUGUUCAUGCCAAUGGUAGCGUCUCAUUGAGGGUGGGCACGUUUUCAUCAAACGACGAGAGAGCUGAUGCACAGUUAGGAUUGGAAAAGGUUGCCGCAGGCGAAUUUCAACGACAAGGAGCCCAGCAAAGAGCCGUCGGCGCAGCGCUUUGUCCAGUCACUCAGAACGCCAUAGUAGUCUUGUUCAGUAGCGGAAGGCUCGUCUUGUGGCAGUUGACUUCCGGAGAGUCACCUGUUCUCGAAUACCGAGGAUCGUUUAUUGAUGACAACCUAGCAUUUAACAAAGAGCUAGACACAACUCCUACAGAAUCGCUCGCUUUCCAACAAACUGGCUUUCUUGAUGCAUUAUCGUCGGGAGUGUCAUGCUUGCGAAUGCGACCAAUAGACGAUUUAGGAAAAGAAGGAGACGACUCUUUAGAUAAAGCAUCAUUUGGUUCGGCGCAUCUCGUGGCUUUGGGAUCGCACUCUGGCGUUUUACAUAUUGUAGAUGUCUUCAGUUGUGAAGUAGUUCGUGAAUUCACCGUGCAAUCAUCUCCAAUCAAAUCACUCGAAUGGGGAGGGACAUAUGUUGUACUCACCGCCGGUUAUAAUCACUCAUUGAGUACUGCUCAAGUUGUGAGAAAUGAUAUCUUUGCUACGGACAUCAGGACAGGGGUGAAACGUCGAAUACGUCCCGAAGCUGAUGAGUCCCCGGUCACCCUCUUACGGGUUUCAUUCUAUCAAUGUUACUUGGCCCUCGCUUUUCAACGUGAACCUUUGGAGAUAUGGGAUCUAAAAGGAUUACGUCUCCUUCGACGAAUGAGCAAGACAUGCCCUUUGAUAGUGGAUAUGGCGUGGUCAUGCAAGCAUCAUGGAAUAAAAACAACUGAAGACGGUGGCCUGAGCGUAUACCGCGAAAAUUUAGUGGUGCUUGAUUCAGAGAAUCGCCUCUACCACGUGGUUGUCAAGGGAUUGCAUGUGAAAGAUGGCAAAGAAGUGAACACUCAGUGGAAAAGUGGUGGUUGGUCAAUUCGAACAAUGGCAUGGAAAGACGAUAUGCUGUCUAUGGGAGAUGCGGAAGGACGUGUAGUAAUAUGGGAUCUUGGCCGCCGUCAGUCGCGCCAUGUUCGAGCGUCUCGGUUUCCCGUGGUACGAAUGACAUUUUCCCGUUUGGCUGGAGACCACACACUAGCUGUUUUACAUCAACGGGAGUUAUCCUUGUGGGAUACGGAGGCUUUAACUCGACAGCAUCAGAUAACAUUAGAUUCGUCUCAGUCUGCUCUGGACAUGGAUUUAUGUGGUGUGUCGCCUCUGCUACUUACAAAUGACAAUGUACUGAGGUACGCUCCUGGAUCAUCGAAGAACUCCCCAAUGCUGGAAAAAGACAUUCCGUUGCUGUUUAAUCCCAAGAAAGUUGCUCACCUCCGGAAUGAAUUUGAACUAUCAUCGAGUGAGAAUGCAGCGCUUUCGAAAAAUAUACAGAAGAAGGUGUCUUCGGUUUCUACUGUGGGGUCAGGAGAUGUGGUGGAUCUGUCAGGAUUGAAGAAUCAAAUGCAGUGGAGCCGAUUUCUCGGCGAUGUUGCCGUUUACAAUCUACUCGCAAUCGCAUGCUCAUCGUUAUCGACGGAAGACGAGAUUCAGCUUCCACCAGAUUUGCAGAUGUUCUGGCCAAGUCCUUCUUUUCGGGAACGAGAGCUAAGAGUGACAUGCGCUGCAUGUGGAGCUACAAAUGUUGAAGAAAGCCGAUUGGUAGAAAGGGCUGUGGUUGCAGGCGGAAAGGCAAAGGAGAGAGCUGUUGAUCGCUUGAUUGGUUCCUCAGAUUUACGUCAUGCGAGUAUGAAAGCUGCCCUUCUGGUAUCGAGCCAGGAAUGCGAACAAGCUCGAUCACUGAUCAAAUUAAUUGCUACAAAUCUUAUUGCCUCCGAUAUGAUUGAAGAUGGUGUCGAGUUGCUCUUCUUAGUAAAAGCUGGCGGUGAUGCUUGCAAGUAUCUCCAAUCCCAGCGGCAGUGGAAUAAAAGUAUUAUAUAUGCGAAAAUGGGUUUAGAAGAUUCAGAAGAUGUGCUCAGCAAAUGGAUUACUCAUCUUUCGUUCGACCAAAAA